CGGUGCGGCGCUCGCGUCAGUACCGUGAACGCUUCAAAACAAAAUCGUGUUCGGUAGAAAGUUUCUUCAUUUGUGAUUGAAAUGAUCGAGGAACACGACGAGCACGAAACAAUAUGCGACUCAGUGAAUUCGCUGGUGGAAGGCUGCCGUUUACCAGUUAGAAUGCAUGGAACGGAUGAUUGGCCUCUUGCUGAAAUCAUCAGUGUUAAAGAAGUACAUGGUGUCAAGUGUUAUUAUGUUCACUAUGUAGAUUUCAAUAAACGAUUAGAUGAAUGGGUUACGGAAGAUUGUUUGGACACUCGAAAAGUCCAAUACCCUCGUCGAGAUGGAACCACACCAGGAACUGGUGCAGCAACGCCAAAAAAACAAGUACCCAGUAGACCACCUAGCCCUAGUAGCCUUUGUAAUGAACCAGUCAAUGGUUCUGCAGUUUUGCAAGCUGCAUUACAAAAGAAAAUGUCUAGAAAGAGAAAGGCCACAUUUAUAGAAAACGAUGAUUCUCAGGAUGGUCCACCGCAAACACCUGGUCCAAGGCCAACUGGUUCAUUAGUGGCGCAUCAUCAUGAUGAUAUAGUUACUAGAAUGAAAAAUGUUGAAUUGAUAGAAUUGGGUCGGCAUAGAAUAAGACCUUGGUAUUUCAGUCCAUAUCCGCAAGAAAUGGUACAUUUACCAUGUAUAUACAUUUGUGAAUUCUGUUUGAAAUAUAGAAAAAGUCGAAAAUGUUUAGAGCGACAUUUAGCAAAGUGUAAUUUAAGACAUCCACCUGGCAAUGAAAUAUAUAGAAAAGGGUCAAUAUCUUUUUUUGAAAUUGACGGUAGAAAAAACAAAAAUUACGCACAAAAUCUAUGUCUACUAGCAAAAUUAUUUUUGGAUCAUAAAACGCUAUAUUAUGACACAGAUCCAUUUUUAUUUUAUAUAAUGACAAAUUUUGAUAGUAGAGGGUACCAUAUAGUUGGUUACUUCUCGAAGGAGAAAGAAUCGUCUGAAGAUCACAAUGUAGCUUGUAUUCUUACACUGCCACCGUAUCAAAGAAGGGGUUAUGGAAAAUUAUUAAUAGAAUUUUCAUAUGAAUUAUCCAAAUUCGAAGGUAAAACAGGUUCACCUGAGAAACCAUUGUCGGAUUUGGGAUUAUUAUCUUAUAGAAGUUAUUGGGCUCAUACUAUAUUGGACAUUCUAUUGAAUGUAAAGCCAUUAGUAGAAAAUGAAAAACCACAGAUCACGAUAAGUGAGAUAUGCGAGCUGACAUCGAUUAAGAAAGAAGACGUGAUAUCGACGCUUCAAAAUUUGAAUCUUAUUAAUUACUACAAAGGACAAUAUAUUGUGACAUUGAAUAGGGAGAUUAUCGAGCAACACACAGCCGCAAUGGAAAAGAGGCAAAUCAGAAUAGAUCCUAAGUGUCUUCAUUGGACACCAAAAGACUGGAGUGUUAGGGCAAAAUGGUGAAGUGGCAUUCAAAAUUGACAAUAAGACUAUGCUAAUUUGUCUUAAAGUUGUUUUCAGGAUUCCUGGAAGUGUGACUAAUUGUACGUAAACUGUACAUAUAAAUACAUCGACCAUUCGGUCUGCGUUUUUUAAAUAAGACUGUAUAAGGCUUUGCACGCGACGCCAAUGGUCAAAGACGACGAAAAUGAAAAAAAAAAAAAAAAAAAAAAGUGAUAAACAUUUUCACGAAAGCACUAUGUACCUCGGUUACACAGCGCAUCGAUGAAUCACACAGUUAGCGAUAUUUGACGUGAUAAGAAAGAAGUAUUUCUGUUAAAUAUAUAAUAACUGGCUUGCGUCUAGAGUCAGGAGCAAUGUUUUAAUAUGGUGACUAGACUUUUUUAAAAAGUUCGCAUACGUUCUUGCGAUUAAACGAUUUGUACAGGAAAUAUAAAUCGGUCUUGUAGAAUUGUAAAUAAAUCUGAUUUUAUAACGUGCGCCUCAUUCUCUGCAAAAUACAAAUGCGAUCUAGUUUUAAAACACGUAAUAUAAUAGUAUAUCGAAGCUUCAAGCGGUGAAGCUUGCGCAUAAAAAUUCGUAUAUGUCCUUUUUUGAAAUAAAUAAGCAAAACUGAUUAGUACAACGCAGAAGUUGUAUGCACGCAAGUAUUCGCACAAUUGUGCACACACCUUAAAAAACACGUAUUAGAUAUUCCAAUUUACGUGUGCACGUAUCAUAUAGACGGAUGGUAAUCGAGAAAUAAUCGUUUAGAAAAUAAAAAUAAAAAAUAAAAAAAAAAAAUGAAAGGAAAAAAUAAAUUGAAGAAAAGGAAAAAAAAAAGACAAAGUAUAGAAAGGAAGAAGGAGAUAUGUUUAGAGUAAUCGGAUUCACUCAAUCUCAUCAUAUUCGACAAAGUAUGAGCUUUUUAUUUGGCAUUGUACUAUCAAUGGCUGUGUUUGAACAACUUCAAAAACACUCGAGCAUAAAUCAUCCGUCUGAAUCCGAUUCAAGAUUGUUCUACCAAAAAGAAGAGUUACCUAUGAACUGCGAAAUAAAAAGUAUUUUUCUCUGAAAAAAAUGUGUAUUUUUGAUAGCGUUGAAUUGAUAUCAUUAGAUCCAGACAGAACGAGCUGGAGGAGAAAGAAAAGAUAGAAAGAAAUGAAUAGAAACAGAAAGAAUCUUCCAAUUUGUUCUUUUUUAUAAAUAUUUUCAUUUCAAUUUUUCUCAUAUUUCCACUUCCACAAUACAAUUAAUACACAAUCGUUGUUCAGCAAGAAGGUGUAAAUAAGAAAACACUCCUCGUACAAUUUUUAAAUACAGCAUCUUUCAUGUAUAUAUAUAUGUGUAUAUAUAUAUAUAUAUUUAUAUAUAUAAUUUUUUUAUAUUCAACAGUAACAUCACAGUAGCUUCAUUACAAUAAAUUUUCUUUUUUUUUUUUUUUUUUUUUUUUUUUUUUUUUUUUUUUUUUUUUUUUUUUUUUUUUUUUUUUUUUUUUUUGUCAUAAUUUCAUCUGUCUUUGUUGUAUUCGUUCCACCACGUUAACGUGACUCACGGCGAGUCCCGAAUGUUCGCUAAUUUUUACAAAAAGUUUCCUAGUAGAUUCUUCGCGCGUCAGCAGCGGGGGAGGACAAUGUGACAGAGGAAUCUGUCGUGUAUACGAUAUGCACGUAUUUACCAUACGUAUACGACCAGAGGAAUAUUACAAACUUAGGAUCGCAAAUAUUAUUCGGAUCCUCAUCGUUCAUAUAUAUUCUCCGAGACAAAAAAAAAAAAAAAAAAAAAAAAUCAUCGCACAUCUGAUUUUUCUUCACGAGAAUAUGAAAUAACUGUAUAAAUAAGCAUGAGUUCAGCGAUAUACGACGUAUUUCAAGAAAAAUGCAGGAGGACAGGAAUCCGAAUGAUAUUGCUGACAUAACACGAAGCACUGUGUCAUAUAGUUGGAGAGAUAGCGAACAAACGAAAAAACGUUCACGGCGAUUGUGAUAGACGAAUAUAAUAUAUCGAAUUGUCGAAGCGAUCAGAACCUCUUACGAUGAUCGUAUUGAAAUACCAACCUCUCGGUUUCCUAUAGGUAUAUUUAAUAUCUUAUCUGAACGAUAAAACGCAUAAUACCGAUCAUAAAACGCAUUAUAUGAAACUUCUUCUUUUUUUCUUUUUUAACCUCUUGUUUCUUUUUCUUCACACUCAUAAAACACACACAUAUACAUGUAUAUAAUUUAUAUAUGUAAUAUAUUACACGCAUACAUUAAACACAUGCAUACCGAAUCAUUAUCAGUGUCUGUUGAUUGUAUUCGUGUUCCGCAGACACAACGAGAGUAUCCGGGUACUUGAGAAACACUUGAUGAACAUUAGGCGAGGGACUCGGAUACACCGAGAACGCUAUUUUUACUGGACCUGUAAAAUUGUGAGUAUUACAAAAAAAAAAAAAAAAGAAAGAAAAGAAAAGAAAAAAA